AUGGCUCUCGCAGACCAGGAGAACUUCACCGUUUCGAAUCAUCUUCUAAGCCCCGAGGAAAGCCCACCAACGACGAGAACGACGACGACAGUGACGGACACCAAAAACAAAGACAACUCCAAACAAUCCACCGUCCGCUUUUGGCCGCAGAUCUAUGUCCCGAUCCUUGUGUUACUUUAUACCGCCAUUUUGCUCACAGCGUGGUCAAUAUUUUGUGUAUUGAGCAGAGGUUCCAUGGCGUCUAUUCCCAAUGUGCUGAAUCAUUACAAGUACAGCCCUGACGUCGAAGCUGCAUUGAAAGCUAACGAACGCUGGUACCGGGCUGCGCGAGUUCUCUGGGGAAUCAUCGGCGUCUCAACAAUCCCAGUGGCUUCGUCCGUCUGGCUUUGCAGCGGUGGGCUUUGUUCAAUCCCAACGGAACCGCAAAGCAAGCUUCACGCUAAGACAAACCCUCGGACUUGCGAAUCGAGGAUGGACCAGUCCGGACAUAAUCCUGUCGCUGCUGUGGCGGCCUGGAUUAUACAGCACAUCUUUUCUUUGGUUGGCUAG